CUAUGUAUUGAGUGCACAGAGAACCAUUCCAAACGGUUCAGUUCACUCAGAUAAAUCGGUUCAAUCAGUUCACUGAAAAGAACCGAUUCAAAAGAACGAUUCGUUCAUGAACCAGACAUCACUAGUGGGGAGGAUGGAGGAGGACCGGAUGAUGGAGCUUCGCUCCGCGGUGGGGAUCUUGCUGGGGCUCCUGGCCGGCUUGCUGGUGGGAUUCCUACUGACCAGAACCCGGCAGAGUGGACCCCCUCCUCCUCCCUGUAUACGGGGAUGGAUCCCCUGGCUGGGGGCAGCGCUACAGAUGAGGAGAGAACCCCUGGAGUUCAUCCACAGAUCCUGGCAGAAGCAUGGACCAGUCUUCACUGUAGUAACUACAGGCAACCGACUGACCUGUGUCAGUGGAGACGAAGGAAUGUCUGUCUUCUUCAAAUCCAAGCAAGUGAGCCUUCCACAGGCUCUGCAAAAACCUCUUCAGCACACAGCGUCCAUUGGAGAGGAAAGCUUCAACAAGUCACACAAUGACCUCAUGAAAAUGUCAGCAUUUAGGCUGUCGGGUAACAGACUGGAUGCGUGUAUCACCUUAUCGUGCAGUGAGUUUUCCUUGCAUCUGGACCAGCUGGGCUCACAGGGCACCAAGGAACUCUACAACCUGACAAGGGAGGUCCUGUACCCCACCAUGGUGGACAAUCUCUUCGGUAAAGGAGUGUGCCCUACUACCAAGGACACAAUAAAGGAAUUUUUAGAGCAUUUCCAAACCUUUGAAGAAGGAUUUGUGUAUGGCUCCCAGUUUCCAGAGUGGGUUUUCAGAAACUGGUCUGUGUCCAAACAGUGGCUGCUAAAGAUGUUUAAAAACAUUGUACUCAAAGAAGAAGAAAGUAAUCCAUCUGAAGACAGUGCUAAGACCUUUCUACAUCAUCUGCUGGACACUCUGAAGGGAAAUUGCCCACAUAACUUCUGUCUAUUACUGCUCUGGGCAUCACAGGCCAACUCCAACCCUAUUACAUUUUGGACGCUUGCUUUCAUAAUUUCGGAGCCAGAGGUUUACAAGAAGGUCAUAAAUGAAAUUACUUCUGUGUUUGGUAAAGGAGGUCAGCAUCAUUUGAGUAUUACCGCGAUUGAUUUGAAGAAAGUCCCCUUUGUGAAGUCCUGUGUCCUCGAGGCCUUACGGCUGAGGUCUCCAGGAGUGGUUUUCAGGAAAGUGGUAAAACCAUUGAAAGUCUAUAAUUAUGAGAUUCCUCCUGGGGACAUGUUGCUCCUGUGUCCGUAUUGGGCUCACCGGGACCCAAAAUAUUUUCUGGAUCCUGAAAAAUAUAAACCAGAACGCUGGACGGAGGAGAUGGUAAACAACAAUGUAUUUCCGGCUGGCUUUAUAGGCUUUGGUGGAGGGAAGUAUCCGUGUCCUGGCAGGUGGUUGGCCUUGAUGGAAGUUCACAUGUUCGUGAUUUUAUUCCUCUACAAAUAUGAGUUAGAGUUACUGGAUCCACUUCCAAAAAUGGAUAAUAUGCACUUUGUUGGGGUCCAGCGACCCGAUGGACCCUUCCGUGUUAAGUAUAAGCUAAGAGAAUAAAUGUGCAAGAAAUGCCACCAGGAUAGAGCAAAAGUGACAAACCACAUAC